AUGGCGUCCAUAACCCAGACACGAAAUCACAGCGGCCACAAGGGGGGCCACAGCCACCACCACCACCACCACGACAAUGUCUACCUCACCUCGCAGAACAAGAACGAUGCCGGUGUGCGCAUCACCCGUCUUGGUCUGUACUCCAACCUGGGCAUGGCAAUUGCCAAGGGCGUCGGAGGAUACGCCUUCAAUUCCAAGGCAAUGAUUGCAGACGCCAUCCACAGCGUCACAGACCUUGCGUCUGAUGUCCUGACGCUUGCUACCCUUUCCUUCAGUCUGCGACCGCCGACCGACAAGUUCCCCACAGGAUUCGGGAAGAUCGAGAGUCUCGGGUCGCUGGGUGUGUCGAGCAUGCUUCUGUUUGGCGGUCUUUGGAUGGGCUACGGCAGUCUCCUGACACUCUACGGCCACUUCUUCCUCGACCCGGCAUCUGCAGCCGAGAUGAUGUCGCAUGCCCAUGGCCACAGCCACAGCCAUGGCCAUGACCACGCGAGUGCCGCUCCCAGCCUACAUGCCGCUUGGCUUGCUGCAGGCACUGUGGCCAUCAAAGAAUGGCUGUACCAUGCAACCAUGAACGUCGCCCGAGAGCGCAAGUCAUCUGUCCUCGCAUCCAAUGCCGUCCACCACCGAAUCGACAGCCUCACGGGCAUCGUGACAUUGGCGGUCAUCCUCGGCGCGAACCUGAUGGAAAGCGCGGCGUGGUUGGACCCUGUUGGCGGACUGCUCAUUUCGUUGAUGGUAGUCAAGGCUGGCGCGGAGAACACAAUGGCAGCUCUUUUCGAGCUUGCCGACAAGAGCAUCGACGACGAAGUCAAGGCUUCGGUCCGAGAACAAGCACAGAAGGGUUUUGUCGACAUCAGCGAGGGACAUGAUAUUGAGCUCCGGGAUAUAUCAGGUGUCAAGUCCGGUCAGAACUAUCUGGUCGAUCUGGAGGUGGCCGUGCCCAGCGCCUGGACCAUAGAGGAUGUCAGAGAGGUUGAGGAAAAGACGAGAACCCGGGUCGGAAGCAAGGUGCGAGGCGUCCGAAGAGUUCGCGUCCGCUUCGUGCCGAAGGAGGUGGCAGCUGGACCGAAAUUCGACGAGUUCAUUCCUGGCGACGUCAGCCCCAAAUCGAGCCCAGAGCCGGAGGGCGAGGACGAUAACCACAACGGCCAUGGGGAUCACCACAAGUCGAAAUAG